AUGAAAGCUUGGUUCACCUCAUACUGGUGAAAGAAAAGAGCCAAAAAAAAACUGAGGUUGAAAAACACAGAAAUGAUGGCUUUUUCAACCGUGUUAACAUCGAUUCCAAGUCUCUACUUCACGAAGAAAUCCAAGAAUUUGCACUCCCCAAUUCGAUGCCUUUCGUCACCAUCCGUCUCAGUUUCAAGCGGUCAAUCAAAUUUGACCCAAUUCGAUUUGAAGACAUACUGGGCUACCCUUUAUGCAGAAAUCACUCAAAAGCUUGAAGAAGCAAUCCCAGUGAAAUACCCAGAUCAGAUCUACGAAGCCAUGAGGUACUCUGUUCUCGCAAAGGGUGCUAAGCGAUCCCCUCCUGUCAUGUGUGUGUCCGCCUAUGAAAUCUUUGCGGAUAAUCGCCUAGCUGCUUUUCCUACAGCUUGUGCUCUUGAAAUGGUUCACGCUGCCUCCCUCAUUCAUGAUGACCUUCCAUGCAUGGAUGAUGCUUCGGAACGUAGAGGCCAACCCUCGAACCAUAAAGCCUUUGGUGUUGACAUGGCAAUCCUUGCUGGUGAUGCACUCUUCCCUCUUGGCUUCCGCCAUAUUGUCAUGUAUACGCCUCCCGAACUUGUUCCCGAACUCCGCCUCUUGCGUGUGAUUGCCGAGAUUGCCCGCACCGUGGGAUCUGCUGGCAUGACUGCAGGGCAGUUCCUAGACCUCAAGGGUGGCCUGAAUUCUGUUGAUUUUAUCCAAGAGAAAAAAUAUGGUGCAAUGGGCGAGUGCUCCGCUGUGUGUGGAGGGUUGUUGGCUGGCGCCAAAGAUGACGAGAUAGAGAGGUUGAGGAGAUACGGAAGAGCUGUUGGUGUAUUGUACGAAGUGGUGAACGAUGUUCUGGAGUCAAAAUUGAUGGAAGAGGAAGGAAUUGAGAGGCACCAAAAGAAACGUAAAGGUUACGUGAGUUUGUACGGAAUCGAGAGGUCUAUGGAGAUUAUAGAAGAGCUUCGAACUAAGGCUAAGAACGAAUUGGAUGGCUUUGAAAAGUAUGGUGACCGUGUGGCACCACUAUAUAGCUUCAUAGAUUACGCUAUUAAUAGAGGCUUCAAUGUCGGUGACUUAAGUCAAUGAUAUGCUGUUUCUCUCUGCGAUCUAAAAUCGAUGAUACACUUCAUGCUGGUGAAUUUACAUUGA